AAUGAGAGGGAGCCAAAAAACAUGAAACAAAAUAAAAAAAUAAAAUCAUGAUGUGGCUUGGAAGGAACCGACCCGUCCGAUUAGAAGGACUGGAUGGAACCGACGACGCUGUUGUCACCGGCUGUAUUUCCAGGGUUUCCAUUUGAGGUUGGAGCCAAGAAAUUUGGACUACACAGCAGUGGGAGCACUAUGUUAUCUUGAUGCUUUUCAGACCCGAUCACCUGCCUUGGAGCUUCCGGUCGAUGCUCAAGGCUCCGAUUGACGCUUCCAUGGCGGCGACUGUUGUCUGGAGGACGGAUCAAGUCACUGUUUUAGUUUCCCCAAGAUCUUGAACCCUCCUGAUCUGUAAAUCUUUCACCUACCUUCGGUAACAAUUUUGAGAAAAACCCAGAUCUGGGUUUUUCUCAAACCCAGAUUUGGGUUUCAUCAUAGACGUUCCCAAUGUUGCUUUGCCUUUACUUUAUUGUCACUUUCUUUAUCAUCCAUUUGGUUCUUGAUUCCUUUUGGCAGGCUGUAGGAUUAGGCUUUCGAUAACCAAUUCCAGUUGUUUGAUACAACAAACUCAGACGGAACAUCGGUGGUGUUGUCAAAGAGUUCUAUGCUCGAUUCACUUCUUUGCUGGAGUUUUCUCAAACUUCUGGUGAUCUUUCCUCAUAAACUCUCGCCAUUUUCCUUUCCUCAUCAACAAAUUCCUACAGUACGCCAUUGCCUACUUCUAUUUGGGUUUGAGAAAUUGAAUAGUCUGCUUGAUUCACUUCUUUGCUUGAGUCCAUGUGAUGUAAUGCUCAAAACUGUUAUUUUGUGGUUCUGUUGUUUGGAAUUUGUUGUGGCAAAGAUGCUCUUUCUAAGGUAUUUGGUUUGGAUUUUUGUAGAUCUACAACUAUAAGGUUUGGUUUGGAUUUGGGACCACUGGAGGGAAGGUUAUGCAGAUGAAGAAGAUUGCCUCUUUUCUCGCUCAUGUCGGCGCCAAAACUUCUUGUGAAUAUUGUGUAUUUUUGUUUUGAAUUUGAUCCAUUGUGAAAUUUAGUGUGCAUUUAGCUAGAUCUGGCAACUCUUAGGUAUAGAAAUUUUGUUUGGCUGCUAGGAAAGUGGUAGGAACUAAGAAAAUUUAUUAUUUGAUUCUGGGAUUUUUUUGGGCCACAAUUUUUAUUUCCUAAAUAGCUCUCUUAAGAACAAUCAUUUUAGAUUUGGUAAAUGGGAUGUUCUUGCAAAUAUUAAUGGUCUGUCUAAUCUAUUGUUUCCAUUGUAUCUGGUAAGAAUGGAUUAUGGAUUUGAUACCUUCAAUUGCUUGUUCA